AUGCCCCUCUUUCGAGAUCCGGAUCGGCGGCGCCAUUAUCUAUGGUCACCGGACCGUAGUGGACGGGAACAACCAACUACAGGGUCCUCUCAGUCCCUCAAUGAUCUUCGCCACCAAGAUUGCACAGAACCUGUCCCUGACUAUACAGAGGCUUCGUUGCAGUCAACGGAAUCGGACAUGUCAGGACCGUGGGCCAAUGAUCGGGAGGAGCUCAUACAUCGUAUCAAGGAAUCUUCGCCUUGGAGACUUCAACCCUCGUCCACGGACAGGGAAGAUGAUGACGUCUUCAUGCCCCGCAGGUCACAGGAACAGCAUCAAACUGUAUUCGGGCAACAUCAAGAGCCUUCCAUCGGAAAUCAACAUCGCAUAGAUGAGACGGAGGAACUGGGAUCGCCGGCCGAUAUCCAGCGACCUCGGUCAGCGUUACACUCAGGCGACUUCAGGGAAGGUGCCACAGAUCACCAUGAUCCACCAACGCCCCGACCUCUAUUUAAGGAGCGAGACACAGCUUCUCCUUUUGCUCACUUGAGUUCUUCUCCUACGACUCCUUGGUUUGAAGCUCCGGCAUUUUCGUCCUUGCGAACCCCAAACACAUCAAAUCUGCAAUCCAAUCCGUUCGCCGGGAACACCCGUGCUCGGGCACCUUCGCUGGGUUCGUUCUCGUCAAGUUAUGUCCUCAAGGCUCCAACAAGUCCGCUGGUGUAUCAAGCAAAUAACACGGACCUGGACUUUUCGCCUCGCAUCGAGCCCGUGGGUGUUUCGGAGCCUUCAGAGAAAGCGAACCGUCGCCGGACUUUACCGCCAGAGACUUUCGGAAAUCUUCAACUUUCCCUGCCAAGCCAACAUGCCAUGAACAUUGGCAGUCCAUCCCCGCCCGGGAGGCAGAGGGAUUUGUUCGCCAAUCAAAACUCUCAUCCUCGCCGUUCAUUGACUUCAGCCUAUAGCCUUCAACUUGCACCGUCACCUGCGGGUCAAGUCCUGCCAUCUCAUUUUAGAAGGCCAUCUCUGAGCGGCGACAACUCGUCUAAACCGCAUGCUCCAAUGGUAGGGUCUUACGAGGAGUCGAUCUUGCGGGGACGGAUGUCCAUGAAUCCUUCCAAGCCGCUGGAUUUCACGGCUCAGAUCGGUGUACUGGGGAAAGGCAAAUGCAAAGGUCAUCUCAAGUGCCCGCCACACGUUACGGUGCCUUUCCCAGUUGUCUUUUACAGCUACCCGACUUCAGGCAGCGGACGGUCUAUCUCAGAUGACAACCCAAGUCCAUAUGUAGGACAAAUUGACCUUGAGAACUCACUUCCUAAAGAGAAUGAAAAUCCAACUAGACGUCGCAGGCGGCACACAAGUCCAGCAGGGCACCGGGAAGGCAUGCCUGCUACAGACGGAGCAAACACUUCCCGAAUAUCCGAAGCAGACAGCCGUCGCCGCAGAGAAAAGAAGAGCCGCAGGUCCGAAUCACCUAAAUGCCCUCCGGGAGGGUCCUAUCGAAUACCGCAGCAAGGCCAGCUACAGAUUAUAAUCAAGAACCCUCACAAAACAGCGGUUAAGCUGUUCUUAGUUCCAUAUGAUCUCAGUGAUAUGGAGCCUGGUACAAAGACCUUCAUUCGGCAACGCAGUUAUUCGGCUGGUCCGAUCAUCGACAUGCCGCUCAGUGCACGAAAGAACUUUGGGACCGAUCGUCCGGAAGCUUCUUUGAAUGCCACGGAAGAUCCGCAAGAUAAACCGACUUUGCGAUACUUGAUUCAUCUAAAUAUUUGCUGCCCCGCACGUGGACGCUUUUACCUGCAUUCGAGCAUCCGGGUGGUAUUUGCCAAUCGUGUCCCUGAUGGCAAAGAGAGGCUGAGGAAUGAAAUUCAAAAUCCUGAGCCUCGCUAUAGCCCAUACAAACCCUCUCGAGAUUCUUCGCAAGCGACGAGCACAAAUGCUCGAGGGGCGAUUGAGAAAGCAUAUCGCAGGCGGAGUGUCGGCCAGGGAACAAUCCAUUCUCUUCGUCCUCAUCUGUCGUCACCAGGUGGCCUUCCCUCGCAGCUGGAAGUUCCAACACCUACGGAUCUUGACGGUUCCUCCCACCUUAGCCCGCGCUCGCAAACUACUUCUCUGUAUCACAAGCUCACCAAAGAUGAGGUGGGAUAUGGGGGCCACCCUUUCAUCCCAAGUCAGACUGGCCCGGAAGUUGGGGAGAGCUUGCUUGCCAAAAGACUUCGAGGCCUCGACGUCCAUCGAACCGAAUCAUCCCCAGUAGAUGAGCGUCAUCCGCGCACACUGGACUUCCGCAAUCAAUUCCACCCCUCUCAUAACCAUCAUCAUUGA